AUGGGCGGAAUGGAGCAGGCCUAUAAAGACAAGAAGACCGCAAAGAUCCUAAAGAACCUGACACCUGCUUUAGCGAGUAUCAGGUCAUUCGGCGGUAUCAACGACACAGCCGUCCCACCUAACCUGGAUGUAGCCGCUCUCAUGUGGGGAGGAAUCAAGUUGGUGCUCGAUCUCUUGCUCCGCUCUUCUAUAGCCAUAGAAAAGAUUACAGCGGGUUUCUCCGAAAUAUCCAAGGCUCUUUCGAGGUUUGAGGAGUACCAGUCUUUUUUUUACCUCUGCCCCACGUCUAAACGAUGCUCUGAAAACGUGUUAUCGUCUCUCUGGACGAACCAAGAGGCCAUGAUGCAAUCGUCUAUGCAGAAGAUUAGACGACAAGGUCAAGUCAUCGAUGUGGAAGCUCAUGCCGCAAAGAUGAACAUGGAUAAGUCACGUCAUGAGGAGAUUAAGAAACUCCUGAAUUACAAGCGGCCAGUGCCUUCUGUCAGCCUUCCCUACUUUCAGUUACCCCUCAGUGAGCAUUUACCUUUCUUUGGCCGGGUCACAGAACUCAAUCGCUGUGCUCAGGCACUAUCAACACCAAGUGAUAUAGGUGCACCGAAGAUAUUUGCUUUGCACGGCCUUCCAGGUGUGGGAAAGACGUCCAUUGCCUUGGAUUUUUCACGCAGAGAGAAACCACGAUACCAAAUCAUCAUAUGGCUAUGGUCAGACGAGGUGACCAAGCUUGCGCGUGGAUAUGUGGAUGCUGCCGCGGGCCUCAGCUUGCACCAAGAAAACGCCAGCGCGCAGGAAGAUAGGGAGACUUUUUUGACAACGUGGAGAGAUCCGUCCAAACUAGCAGACUACAUGCCGUCCUCCGGGAACGGCUCCAUCUUGGUCACAAGCCGAGAUCCCGAGUCUCAAUUUGGUAUGGCAGGCGAAGGACUGAAAGUUGAGCCCUUCGGUAUUGAUGAUGCACAGUCAUUUUUGCUCAAUCGGCUUCCUUCCGUUCAUGCUUCUGAAGAGACAUUGAGUGCAGCAAAAGUUCUUGUCACGCAGCUCGGCGGUCUGCCGCUCGGUAUAAGGCAAAUGGCAGGCUUCAUGAGAGAGACCGGCUGCUCAAUAAGAGACUUGCUUGUAAUGAUUGAGGACACCGAGCAACACGGUAAGAUCCGGUCCUACGAAACGUCCUCCUUUGCUCGUCUAACAUAUCCCUCAAGUCUUGCCUCGGCCCUGGAGGUUUCGCUCUCAAAGCUUGAUGAACCGGCAUUGAAUCUCUUGGCACUCUUCUCAACGCUAGAUCCCGAUGGCAUACAGGAUAGUGUCACCAAACACUUACCAGUUGUCUUUCAGCGGUUCCCGACCUCUUCUCCCCCUUUCAUAUCCCAGCAGAGUGAGUCCUUUGUAACAUAUCAUCAUAGAGACUUCAUCUCCAUUAUGUACUUGGUUGAGACUGGUGCCAUGACCACGGCACUGACGCUAGCCCAAGCGGCAGAGCCCUUCUGCGAUCUGAAGACAGAUGACGGACAGGUAGGGGUUUCAUACCUUUACAAUACGUACGGUGUCAUUGCGCUGCAGUACAAAGAUGAUAAGGCCGCAUGGGGCUGGUUCGAGAAGUCUCUCGACAUCCGUACGAGGCUGUUGGGUGAAUAUAAUUACACCGAGAUUAUACAAAGAUUAAUGCCAUUCCGCGACCGUGCAUUCACAGUCAUGGCGGAUCAUCCUGUCCGGAUCAAGAACCCCAUCUUCGACCAGCUGGCUAUGGCUUACCUUGGCCUUGGUCAGUUUGAUGAAGCGUGGUCGCACCUAAAUAUCUCUAUGGACCUUUCAAAAGAGGAUAACCUUCCUAUGUUCUCCCAAGGCUCUGCUUACGACUAUUACGUCUCUGGAAAUAUUAGAAUGGCCCAGUGUGACCUAACAGACGCAUUGAGGCUACACACAAUUGCGCUUAAUAUUCGCCAGCAGGUACUCGGUAGUCACAUCCAGACGGCAGCCUCUUGCUACCGAGUGGGCGAUUUUGCCGUCCUUCUCCAGAGUUAUGAGAUGUACGACGAACUCGGUCUCGCGGAAGCCUUCUUGGAGUGUGGGAAGGCCCGCUCCGCUUGGCGGAUGGCGUCCAUUCUACGAGCGCAUGGAGAGAUCGAAGGGGCUUCCAAAUAUGCAAGCGAGGCUGAAGAGGCCCGAUUUCGCCUCAGCGGUAACUUGACAAAAGAAGAUGCUAGUGAGGAUGACUUCAAUGCCUUACUCAACUACAUGGACACAUAA